AUGGGCUUGCCACUGUUUGUCGCCCCCCUUGAGCCUCAGGUGGCAUCGAAAGCGGCGGAAAAGCCGACUGCUGCACCGCGAUCUGCUAUCAGGAGGCAUCGAACUCUUCGCGGUCACAUCACGCGUCCCCAUAUCGCGGACACUCGCAGGCGCCGAAUACUAUCAAUGGUUGCCGAUACAAGCCCAGAAGAAUAUGAGAUUUGGGAAAUGCAGCGAGCCAGUCCUCCAAACGAUGGAGAAUCGGCGUCGGAGCGAGCCCAUCGACUAUUUCAGGCUGGCCAGACGCGCCAUCGCGAUACCUUGAGUUUCGAACGCCAAAGUCCACGCGCCACGAACGCGGAGGUGGAUGGUCCUUUGAUGCCUCCUGUUCCCGAGUCUAGAGACUAUUCUGCUAUAGAAGACCAUCAGCAGCGGAUGCGUCAAAUUAGGCCGAGACUUGCAACGCGAAGAAAUCUGGCGCCGACUCCCCAUUAUACUGAAGCCCAUCUCGCAUCUCUUCGUCAAAUAUCUACCAUGACACCACCUGCUCCUUCGCCAUCUCAGCCUCCUCCUCAUGAGCCAGGACUUACCGUUCGAAGAUUUGAUCCAGAUACCGCGGCGGCUGUCUCUAUUAGGAGCACAUUUGGGCCGACUUGGAGCGAUCUUCCACUUGAUGCUACUUUGUCGGAGAGAGUUCACGCCCUCAAUAGAUCUUCGAUGAAUGAACGUCGAGUGGCCCGACAAGCAGCUCUGUUAGAUGGCUUAGGAGAUCGAGACCGAAGUUUGAGCCCAGAUGGUCCCACAGAUGCCGCAUGGGACACGCUUUUGUCGAGUAUUCCACCUGAUCCUCAGCCACCAAGUGCCGGAUCUUCUUUCGCUUCAGCACCAUCUGCAAUUGCGGCAGCAUCUUCAACAUCAGAUUCUGCAGCAGCAUCAGCCAGUACCUCCAUGACGAGUAUGGGACCUUCGGAAGAGACGCCGGUUCUCCACGAUUGUGAUAUGUCAGAUUCAGGAUCUACAAGCGAUGAAGAGGAUGAAGACAUGUUUGAACUCGCGGAAUUCGGUCGGAAUACGGGACCUCGAGCUUGGAGGUCAUAUGCCGAUGUAGUCACUGCUCGAGCUGAUCAGGCACGUGCUGUGGAAGAGCCUGACUUGGACUCGAUGCAUAUGAUUAUUUCACGUAUGGCGCAUUCUGACGAUAUCCCGGAUGAGUUCUGGGUUUCAGCAGGUCUGAGCCGCAAUCUUCGUCGCGAGCCAACGACUUUAUGA